AUGAGCUCACCGAAUUGCAAUUCGACGUCGUCGCUUUCCCAAGAGCAGCUUCUCCAUUUUUGGGGCGCUCAUAGCACCAUGGGCAAAAUGACACGAAGGAGUUCGAUGUCGUCAUCGUCGUCGCCGAAUCAAUCGCGAAGUCCCAACACGAAAGGAGGAGCUGGAACGAAGCCAAAAGUCGCCACACCUCAAGUGGUCGCCAAAAUCGAGCAGUAUAAACGGGACAAUCCGACAAUUUUUGCUUGGGAAAUUCGAGAAAAACUCAUCAAUGAAGACGUGUGCACGACGCCGCCGUCGGUGUCGUCGAUUAACCGAAUCUUGCGGACGCGCGCCGCUGAGAGGGCCGCCGAGGAAUUGCACAUGAUUCUGUCGGCGCAACACUUGACAAGAUCGCAACUAAGACCACCCAAUCGAGUGGUGCCGCCGCCGCCGCCGCCGACAUUCCCAUUCCCAUUCUCGCCGAUCUGGCCCGGCGUCUUCAUGAAUCCCAACGCUCAGAUCCCAUUGACGUUCCUCUCGCUGUUGAAUCCGGCCGGCGCGCAAACUUCACCGAUCGAAUCGACGCCGUGCCUUUCCGAAGACGAUAGUGCGUCAUCUGCUAGGCGAAUGUCAAGGAGUACUUUCACAAAUGAGCAAUUGGAGCUGCUCGAAGAAGCGUUCAACAAGGAAGCCUAUCCAAAUGUUGUGGAGCGCAGCGAAAUUGUUAAGAAGACCGGACUGCCGGAAGCGCGAAUCCAGGUGUGGUUCUCGAAUCGCCGCGCGAAAUGGCGACGAACGAACGCGAGCGAAUUGAGCAGCAGCGAGCGAGACGAAGAGCAAUUGUCGAAGUCGGAGAGCGACGAGAUCGCGAGCAGCAGUCGGACGGCGAAAGACAAAAAAAUCACAAUCUUCAAACCGUAUGAAUAA